AUGAAGAAUUUCCAAGAGGCAUCCGGAAUUUCGAUGCAAACCGCCAUUUUCAACGAAAUUGGUGGAAAUCAGAUAACUAAUCACUACACCAUUCGGGAGGAGAGGGAUCGUAACAUCUACGAUGAGUUCAGACACAUACGGCUUGGAGAUGUGGAGAUGAUCCGGGAGCUUACGCUUGGCAAGUAUAAUCGGGGCGGGCUGUUCACUGCCAUGGUUCAUUGCGGUCAAGGUUACAAAUGCACGGUGUUAUCAUAUAGCGGACCUAACGCUAAAGCGGAAUGGGAGAGGGAUUUCAGAGAGGUCACUGGGCUACGAAAUCCAAGGACGAUGCAACUGUUUGGAAUCAAUCAGUCAAAUGUUCCUUUGUUAAUAUUCCACAAUGAGCUUGUGCCUCUUGGUCAUGUUUGGAAUGACCUUCCCAUUUUGGGACAGGUGUACUUCGCAACAUUAGCAGAGUUCCAUUUCCAAUGUAAGAGGGAAAGACUGUGGAUAGAUCCCAAGCGAGGAUCAUUGAUUUAUGGAAUGUGGGGGCCAGAUUCUAAGUAUGUCGGACGCUUAGAAUCGGACCUGCCAAUGUCAUCAAAUACCGACCUUCUCCAAGAGGACGUUUUCUGGCGUUAUCUCUCUGGGAUCAAGCCCUCAGAUAGAGAAUAUGAUAAUCAGAUCACCCAUGAACUUUCAGAACAGUAUGAUUGGUGUCAACAUAUUGAUCGCUCAACUGAUCUGGCUGGGGUCAACGGUGUGUAUUCAACCUUGGCAACAUCCAGAAUUGCAGUGAUAAGUACGGGGUGGCACUAUGGAUGUUUCGAUGACACAGUACUGAUGCCAGAUGGUGCAACAAGAUUUACUCUUCACAAUCUUCGUGACACUGGCUGUUUCGAGCUAAAAACGGACUGGUGGUACAACCAACGUGCAUGGGUCUCGCAAGCUCCGGCUGUCUUUCACGAACUCGGAGUCUCACUGGACAAAGAUCUCAAUAAUUUCGGAAAGUUUCCUUUGUUCUGGUUCCUAAUUGACACUGACCCUUUCCAAAGUGCUCAGUGUGCCAAGGCUUGA